AUGUGCUAUCGAGUAGUUACUCACACAAUGCGCUGCGACAUGCGCCCCGUCAUCUCCAGCGGAGCCACAAUCUACACUGAUCCCUUUGCAGAGACCAUGUCAUGCACCUGCAUCAACGAGCAUCUUGCUCGUCCUUGGCUUCAGUGCGAUGACCAUGGCUGCUGUAUGAAGACUGCCAAAAUGGAGUGGUGUCCCGAUGUCCACACAUGCAACCAUGUCACCGAGCUCCACCGAUAUAACCAGGCGCGUCCUCGAUCGCGAAACAUCUGGAAGACUACCACCAGUUCUAUCUGGAGCCUUCCCACUCCUCUGGAGGAACCUGAGAGCUGGAUUGAGGUUGUAGAUGUAAUUGACGCUCUCUUCCCAAAGGGUGUGCCACACAUGGAAACAAUUUCACCGCACCUCGACGAAGACGUCAACAAUCUCCUACAUGUAGGUCGUCUCAUUGUCACACUAGAGGCUCAACUGGCCAACCUCCUUGACGAUAUUCAUUUUCGUAGGGAGGUUCACAAUGCUUUUCACGGCUCACAAUGUGAGCGUGUGCUGAACGAGUGGGAAUGUAAGGCUAGAGGCCCCAUCGAAGCUGGUGAGGCAAUGGCUACACAAAUGAGGAAAACACUUGCGACGCAACGACGGUUGUUUGAAGCAAGUUGGUCGUUUAUCGACGUAAUUCUCAGAGACCACGAAGAAAAAACAACCUCAGUGGAAGACUUUGCAGUCAAGAAACUGGAGGUAGUCUGGGAUGAUGCUUCAAACAGAGGUUCUUGGCCUGGACCAUGGAUAUGA